UUGUCCCCAGGUGCCGUGAUCCCCAUCCUCGGAUCACAGGUCUCUUCGUCAUCAGCCUUCACCUUCGGCCCCGUUGUCUAUGGUCCAGAGUUUGCCGUAGAUGGCGGUUUUGGCACCGACUUCAUCGCAGACAACACUACGUUUGCAUCGGACAUCGGAGACAGUACGCCCUACAUGGACAUCGACCUGGGCGGCAUCUACUCCCUCCUCUCCGUCACCAUCACCAACAGAGCAGACUGCUGUUCCGAGCGUCUUCGCAACAUCAUCAUCGAGGUGUACGAUGAGGACCCAACUCUCGGAGGGACAUCUCAGAUCUGCGCCACCGUCGGCAGCACUUCUCCCGCCGCCGGCUCCAACACCACGUACGCCUGUUCGGGUACAUCAAUCGGAAGGUAUAUCCGUUUUAACAAGUUCACCACCGUCGACACAACAGAUCUCCUUCAGCUGGUAGAGGUGGUCCUAGAUGGUGUCUUGCUAGAAUGUCCCUGCAACCACUUCCAGCUGGAGGACAACUGCUUCUACUUCUCCGGAUUCCAAACAACCUAUGCCCAAGCCAAGGAAUACUGUAACAUUAUAGGGGGUGACCUUGCCAUGAUCAGAACCCAAGAACAGAGCGACUUCGUCAACGGUAUUCUUACUGCCAACGCUCUAAAAGGUCAAAACUAUUGGAUUGGGGUGUCCAAUCUCUUGGACCGUGUCCUGUGGCGUUAUCUUGCGGGCGACGUCGUCCCCACAAACGACUUCAGUUCACCACUCGUGAACGGCACCGGCACCUGCAGCAGCUCAACCUCUUCAGCCCACCCAGAAAACUGCGCUUCCCUGGGAAUGAGCGAUGCUGGCCAAUGGGAAUGGGAGGAUGGACGGUGUAAUAAGGAGGAGUACUUCCUCUGCUUGGAAACCCUGGCCACAACAUAAAGCUAGCCUCUUUACAGACAUCCCCUUGGCGCCUUUACUUUACGGUUAUCAUGUGUCGGUUAUCUAGUGAUAACAGGCUAUAACGAAUUCACCAACUAAGGAUACUUUAAACGUGAAUACGCGGUACAGUGUACCUUUAAAAACAAUCGUUGCGUUACACGUACCUGUAAGGGUGAAUCUUAAAGGGAUGUCGUCGUAAAUAAA